AUGGUGACUUCUACCCACCUGCUGUGGCUCCUGGCUGUGGCCUGCUUGGUUCCCAGAGCUCAGUCCUUGGCUCCUCAAGGCUUUGAGGAAGAGGAGGAGGAAGAUGAGACACUAAGGACACGCUCGUCGUCUGUGCCCUGUGACUACGACCACUGCCGUCACCUGCAGGUGCCUUGCAGGGAGCUGCAGAGGGCCGGGCCCAGUGCCUGCCUGUGCUCUGGGCUCUCCAGUCCGGACCAGCCGCCGGACCCACCGCGCCUAGGAGAAGUGCGCAUGGUGGCCGAGGAGGGCCGCGCUGUCGUCCACUGGUGCGCUCCCUUCUCCCCCGUCCACGAAUACUGGCUGCUGCUUUGGGAAGGCCGCGGGGCUCCCCAGAAGGGGGUCCCCUUCAACUCGACCGUCCGAAAAGCUGAAUUGAAGGCCCUGCAGCCUGGGGGGGCUUAUGUCGUUUGCGUGGUUGCUGCCAACGAGGCGGGAGAAAGCAGCGUGCCUGGCGUCGAGGAGAGCCUUGAAGGGGCCAGCUUUCCUGCCUUCGGGCCCUGCGGCCGGCUGGCCGUGCCCCCCAGGCCGCAAACCCUGGUCCACGCGGCCGUGGGCGUGGGCACAGCGCUGGCCUUGCUCAGCUGCUCGGCCUUGGUCUGGCACUUCUGCCUGCGGGAUCGCUGGGGCUGUCCCCGCCGAGAGGCCGCCAGGGCCGCCGCGGGGCUCUGA